AUGCGUAUAAAAAGAUUGGUGCAAAAACAUCCAGAGGAGAAGACGUUUUGGAAGAAUGAUCAGUGGUUCAAUGUGUAUGUGCAGGUGAACGAGGAGAAAAGACCUGAUUACAAAAGUCGGCUAUACGGAGAGUUUGACAGGUUUGGUUUCGAGGCCGAGGACAAGUAUGCAAGUCUAGCUGAAGAUGAUGAGCACAACGGCUGGAGGCUUUUUCGGAGGUUUAAGAUGGUUCUGCAUAACAAUAAGCGAUUGACGAAAGACGUUACGGUAAAGGACUUUUGCGGAAAACAGAUGACGGCCUUCCCGUUGUUUGUCAUGUCGAUCAAGUACCUGAGAGAACAUCUACUCCAGGCAGUAACUACGCAAAAGAUAGGAAUCGAGGAAACAGACAUAUUGUACGUGUUGACCGUUCCGGCUAUUUGGGAUGACAAUGCCAAGCGUUUUAUGAGAGAUGCAGCUGUUGAUGCUGACAUCGACCCCGCCCGUCUUAAGCUGGCCUUGGAGCCCGAGUGUGCCUCCAUCUGGUGUGAAACAUUGGGUACAGACGUCAAGGGUGCUGUAGCCAUUGCUGGAUCACAGUACAUGGUCGUCGAUCUUGGAGGGGGAACUGCAGAUGUAUCCGUUCACGAGAGAAAACCAGACGGAUCAUUAAAAGAAAUCAUGAAAGCCAGCGGUGGUCCUUGGGGAGGCAUAUUUGUGGAUGAAAAUUAUAUGAAAUUGUUGGAUCGACUGUAUGGGGAAGAAGCUCUCACUGACCUGCGCAAGACAGAAAUGAGCGAUUAUUUCGAUAUCAUUCGUGAAUUCGAGCACAAGAAACGAACUGUUGAUAUCAAGAACACAAAGCAUGUUAUUGUUCGGUUGUCUGUUUCACUGCGUGACCUUGCUAAUAAAUAUUCAAAACAAUCUCUAGAGGAGAGAAUUGCGGCUUUGGACAGUCAUAAAAAUGCCAUUACACCAAAGGGGAAAGAUAAACUUAAGGUCGAUUGGACAGUUAUCCAAUCUUGGUUUAAAAUACCAAUUGAUCUGUUGAUCCAGCAUAUAAAGACUCUUUUAGCUGAACCAAAGAUGAAACGCGUGCAAACCGUUAUUCUAGUCGGCGGUUUCGGUGAAAGCCAGUACGUUCAGGAUAGAAUUAGGAAAGAAAUACCCGACGAUUUGAAGUACACGUAUGGGACAAAUGUGUUUCAAUACUUUGAUGAAAAUAAAUACCCAGAUGAUAAGAAAGUGUGGGAGAAUGGAAAGUGGCAGGUGCCUUUUUGUUUCAAGGUGUACGUGCGGGUUAACGAGCAGGUGAAAGUUGAUCAACAGAUGACCAAGAGGAGUACUCCUAACAGUAAAAUAUCCCUCACCGCCGUCUACAGGACGACUCAAGAGCACCCCAAGUACAUAACAGACCCCGGAUGUGAACUACUAGGGACUAUUGAGCUCGAAAACAGCACCGAUAUUCCAUUUGAACAGCAGAGAUUAGAAACUACGUUUAUGUUCGGGGAUACAGAACUUUUUGUCAAAACGAAGAACAAGACCACUGGAAAAGAAGCCUAUAUGACCUUUGAGUGCUUCACAUAA